GUAUGAGCCAUGUACUCUUUCCUAUAUAAACAUACAAUUCACCCCAAGCCUUAAGGCUGUGCGAUCUCUCCUCCAAAAUCAUCUGCGGUCAUACGUUUACAGGAGGAGACCAGCGAUCGGCGGCGCAGCAUAGGGAUGGGGAGUUCCCGGAGCAAGCCCGUGCGGGAGCAGCAGCCAGCGGCACCGCCAAAGCCGAAGCAGAUGCCGGAGCCGGAGCCGACGCCGACGCCGACGCCGACGCCGACGCCGAAGAAGAAGCGUGACCCGAAGGUGGAGGUGCCCCGACGCCGACGCCGACGCCGACGCCGACGCCGAAGAAGAAGCGUGACCCGAAGGUGGAGGUGCCGCCCCUCAUCGACCCCCGCCCAACGCCGCCCGCACCAGGAUGCUGGUGCCAGGGUACGAGCUGUGGUUCGGGAAGCCCUCACUGCGCGCCCUGUUCGACGACUACUUCAAUCAAGCUGGGAGCGUAAACGCAGGGGUCAUGCUCAAGAUGGUGGAGGAUCCUCAUGUCGAUCUGACCGCAACUGCGUCACCAGGUGGCGGGGAGGCUCAGCUUCGAUGGCAGAGGUAGUCAUCAUUGCAUUGUUUACCAAAUGUCAUAUUUCUUAUAUACUUACACUUAUUAAUUAUGAUAUCCCUGUUAAUAUACUCUAG